AUGUGGACCAACAAUGCCCGUACCACGGGGACGAAUUCAAUCCCAAUGGGUAAAAGGCGUCACUUUCCUGGCGUCGUGAACCCUGGUGAAGGCAAAUCCCCGAGCUCAGUCGAGAUUAAGGAUGAUGACGUGAAAGCGGCCCCCAGAAGAAUCAGCGAAGCUCCUGAUGAUGCAUCUUUUACCAAUAUGAGGCAGACAGAUAACGAUGUGGUGCCAAGGGGACGCCAGAAACAGCGGCACAACACUGGUAACUAACAUUGUUCUAAUAUUCUGUUUAGCCCGCCACCUAAUUAUCAUAUAACUUUCAGAAAAGAGGAAUCCCAAGUCUCGUUGGGGAAGCCAGCCAAUCAGGAGUGCUCUUAAUGUUGACAACCUUCCAACCUCAAUUCCCGGGUGUAUGAGUCUUGAGGAUACCGAUUUGUACGCACUAAAAGUACGCAUCGAGGAGAUCACCCAGAAGCUUUCCACCAACACGGUAAUGCCAAAUGACAAACGGUUUGACCAACUAACUUGACAUUAGCGUUCGUUAACCCGCUAUACUAACUCGAGUGCCCAGAUCUCUCUCUCCAGACCCCAUCUAUGACAUAACUGGUCGCCGCAUAAAUGUUAGAGAGACCAGGUAUCGGGAACGCCUAGAAGCUGAGCGCCAUGACUUAGUGGCGAAAGCUUUUCAACUGAACCCGCUAUACAAGCCUCCUAGUCAGUAUAGAAGGCCACUCACCAAGCACGAAAAAGUCUAUGUGCCCGUCGAUGAUUAUCCGGAGAUUAACUUUAGUAACUAUUAUCUAACCCCUACUAAUCAGAUUAACUCCGUACAUAAUAUGUACGGAAAGUAGCACAUACUAACAUUAUGGGCACGUUCGUGCUCGUGACUUCUGCUAGUUGGCCUGAUCAUCGGCCCUCGCGGGAAUACUCUCAAGCGUAUCGAGAAAGAUUCCGGGGCGAAAGUUGCUAUUCGCGGUAAAGGUUCUAUCAAGGAAGGGAAAGGAAGGGGUGAUCUCGCUCUAGCACCUGACCAGGAAGAAAACCUGCAUUGUCUCAUCAUAUCUUCUAACCAGGCCUCUUCCCUCAAAGCCAGGGAGAUGAUUAAUGAGAUAAUCGAGACUGUGAGCAGCCCCUCUUUUCCACAGCCCAUUUCUGGUGUUUUUAACAAUGUCCCCAGGCAGCGUCAACACCCGAAACCUUGAACACACUCAAGCGUAAUCAGCUCAGAGAAUUGGCUACCUUGAACGGGACGUUACGCGACGACGAGUCGAAGACCUGUUCAAACUGUGAGUUGCAACCAGUUGUAAUCCCCACUUCAAUCCGCAAACUCCAGCUGAGAAAAUACCCUAGGCGGCGAGGUCGGUCACCGAAGAUAUGACUGCCCCAAACAGGUCAACUAUACAGCAGGGAUAAUUUGCAGGGUCUGCGGUAACGGGGGACAUUUCGCCCGAGAUUGCUUAGACCGCCCUAGAGGUCAGGAUUGGAAGGAGAGAUCUUCCAAUUCAAAUCCUCGGGACCAAGAAUACGAUGUUUUCCCCCACCACCCCAUUUUUGAUAAACCUUUGGUGGCACAGGUACUAAGCAUUCCAACAGGACUUUCUUCAAGACGUCCUAGGAGGCACAAAAUCCAGUCUCGAGCAUACUAAAACCCCUCCCAAAGGGUCAACCCUCCAGCAAGUUGGUAAUAGCACCGUCGGGAGGGAAUCGGCGCCUAAGCCAUGGGCGCAUAGUACAACCGUGGCCCAAGCCCCGUGGACACAGAUAGGUGGGACUCCGGUCAGGUCAUUGGAGCUUCCUUCAAUCCUUACCCUCCCCCCGUGGAGACAGCAAAGUGGAUCUUUCAUCAAACCUCAUGAGAUCAGAGAGAAUCCCAUCCGUAAAGACCAUCAAGUGCCGAGGGGCCAAUACCGCAUGUGGCCGCCAGCGGGAAGAAGUGCGAACGAGGGCCCCAGGGGCAUGGGCCAGUUCCAAAACAACGGAAACGGGAACUCGCGUGACCAGCUCUCAUCCAAUGAUCUCUUCGAAAAUAUCGGAUCUAGAGAGAGAGAGGCCGGCGCCGAGACCCAAUCAAGGGCCAGCCGCAGUCUCUCUCCUCAGGGAUACCCCGGCGAAUAUAACAGCUCCAAGGAUGCUCAAGGUUAUAACGGAGAUAGAAGGGAGGCUCACAAUAACCCACAUGGUUUCCAGAAUCAUAUCUCUCCAAAAAGCUACGCGGCUGAUCAUGGUGGGCAGCGACCCAACGUAAGAAUACCCUAAGCCUCUAAAACUGAAAUAUGACCUAACAUCCAGCUUGCGCAGCACAUCCCCCAUGAUUACCAUUCCCUCCACCAACAGGCCUAUUCCCCACCCCCACAUCAUUCGGGGUUUCGCCAGGCUGCGCUAGAGCAUCUCGGGAAUGAAUCGCAUCCCUGGUCUCGCCCCCCACCGCCCCCCAGGGAGGCCCCUCCCCCAUCUCCUCCUCCACCUCCGCCUCCCUCUGGCCCGCCUGCCAGUGGCUUUAACUCCCCUGAAUGGAACUAG